AAUUUGCCGACCAAUGUUUCACAUGUCUUAAUUAAGAUUGCCUAUCCAACAUAUUCUUGCUGUCAUUCCAUCUCUAUAUAUACCCUUACAGUGAAUCUUUCAAUCCACCAAUACAAGAAAAGCAAAAUAUCCUUAUCUAGAAUUCUUGAUCCGAUGGAUUCGAAGAAACUCUCCUCCUCUCUCCUCUUUCUCACCAUUAACCUUAUGUUCUUCUCCCUAGUGAGUGGCUGUUACAUUUGUAACAACCCGAACCCGAAACCAACUCCGAACCCUAACCCUAACCCUAAUCCUACCCCGGCAAAAGGGAACUGCCCAAGGGAUGCCCUAAAGCUAGGCAUAUGUGCUAAGCUACUAAAUGGUAGCAUCGGGGCUGAAAUAGGCAACCCGCCGGACCACCCUUGCUGCUCAGCCCUCGGCGGUCUAUUGGAUCUCGAAGCCGCCCUUUGCCUUUGCACUGCAUUGAAAGCUAACAUUCUUGGAAUCAACUUGAACAUUCCAAUUUCAUUGAGCUUGCUCAUCAACACUUGUGGCAAGACUCUCCCUAAGGAUUUCAUUUGUGCUUAAUUAGCUAGUUCUUUACUCAAUUAAUGUUCGGUGUUUCGAUUAAUGUUGUACCUUUUUUAUUUAGUUUUUAAUUCUCAUUGCAGCAGUAGCUGCGCGCUGAGGGGCUCCUUCUCUUUGUAAUGUGGUUGUUUAUGGAUUAUUCAAUUUGAGAUUCAAUGUUGGCUUUUUGAAGAAA